UUAUAUUAUACCGCUUUUUCAUUGACACUUCACUGACAGUGACAGUUGUUUGUUGACUGUUAUUGUCGAGUCCUGAUAUUUUUUGUACAAAAAUAGAUCUCAAGUUGUUUUGGUUGUGUAACUCGUAAUUUAUUGUAAAUAACUGAAAUGAGGUGGAGUGAGAACGAGACAUAUCAGUUCGUAAAAAUAUAUCUCAGUCAUGAACUUCUGUGGAACCCUGAGCAUUCAGCGUAUAGGUUAAAAAAUAAACGGUUAAAAGCUUACAGAGAGAUUAUUGCCGAACUAAAUGAAACAACAGGCAUUUUGCUGAAUGAAACUGAGCUAAAAAUUAAGAUAAAGAAUCUUAGAUCGACUUAUAUGCAAGAAAUAGUGAAGAUAAAACAGCGGUCUAGCGCAGAAUGGGCGUACAAACCAAAUAUGAAAUGGUUUUCGGAAUGGCAUAAACGCUUCGGUGGCAUUAAGAAGCCAGUUGAAGAUUCUUCUACGUUUGACAGUCAAGAUUCAAUAGAUGAAACAAAUCAAAAAAUUUGGCUAUCAACAGAGGAUAACAUGGAAGAGGAGAUAUUAGAACCAUUCCCUGAUGAUGAGGAGUACACACUUAUUUUAAAAACAGAACCACGGGAUGUUCCACAUUUGAACGAAACCAGAUACCAAAAUAAAAAGAAAAAAAUAAAACACAGAAGGCCCAGUACAGAUUGUUCAGAGAGGACUUUUUCAGAAAGCAUAGACUCAAGUACGGACACAAAGGAGGAUGAAUUUGAUAUUUAUGGGAAGUAUAUUGCAUCACAACUAAGGAAGAUGGAUUUGCAGAAAGCUUUGAGAGUGCAGCUAGAGAUACAAAGUCUUGUGAGUGAAGCUAGACUAUCAGGUUUGAAUGGGAAGCAUUAAAAACUUAAGUCAGUCUUAUGAACCUACUUUUAGUUAACAAAGUGAUCCUGAAUUAUUGCACAAUGUUAUUUUAUAUUUUUC